AUGAAGCCGAAGGCGCGGCUCCUGGGCCGCAGCGGCAGCAAGAAGCGGCUAGUCGUGCCACCGUCGCCGGCGCCGGUGGUUGCGGCGGAGGGCGGGAUGGACGAGGGGAAGGCGGAAGAGAGGCGGAAGGAGGCGGAGCGGGAGGAGGGGAGGGAGCGCGAGCGCGGGUUGCUGGGCGUGCGGCGGAACAAGGGCGCUGGCGCGCGGUCGUGGCUGCGGAUCGACCAAUCAGGGCAGACGCAGGUGAUAGAGGCGGACAAGUACGCCAUCAUGCGCCGCUGCUCCAUCCCAGCGCGCGACCUCCGCAUUCUUGACCCGCUGCUCUCCUACCCCUCCACGCUGCUGGGCCGCGAGCAAGCAAUCGUGGUCAAUCUGGAGCACAUCAAGUGCAUAAUAAUGGCAGAGGAGGUGCUGCUGCUCAACUGGCGGAACUUCCAGGUGGCGAGGGUGGUGGAGGAGCUCAAGGCGCGCUUGCCCCUCCAUCUCAAUGCCGCAGGGCAGCAG